GUUUACAGUAUGUGCCGCGCGCCGUGUCAUAAAUGUCAUUCGUGGAAAAGAGGUUGAACCUUUUGCAGUGAGAUAAAUAUUUAUGAUAAUUCACAAUGGCAUUUUUUAUUACAAUCUAUUCAAGUAUAUUUCUGUUUAUUGUAAAACGUUAAAUAAGAAAUUAAUAAGUAACUCGUUGCUUGUUCGAUACUGGAGACACGUGGGAGCAUCUGUGAUAGAGUAUGGUAUUGCAUGUCUGUCUUUAUGUGCCUAAUGUAAUUGGUUACAUCCGGAUUCUUCUUGUUCUCACUGCCUGGAUUGUAUACACUAACCCAUUGAGAUUUGUACCCUUGUAUGUGUUAUCAAUUAUAUUGGAUGGGGUGGAUGGCUGGGCAGCACGUCGGCUCCAGCAGACCUCUAGGUUCGGAGCAUGGUUAGAUGUGGUUGCUGACAAUGUAGGACGUGGCAUGCUUUGGAAUAUGUUAUAUGAUUGGGGCUGGUUGGUGUCUUCAGUAGAGUGGUGUGUAUUUGUGUGCAACCACAAUGCCAGAGGAGCCAAUUGGAAGAACACUUUCAAAGAGAGCCCGGUUUUGGUGCAGGCGGUGAUGGCAAAAGGCUUCAAGACUCCCUUGGGCAUAUUGACAAUAGCAGGGCUUCAUGUGUUGCCAUUGUGGCUGUAUGGCUACCAGCAUGAGGUGCUGUCUAAGGCUCUCAAUGUCCAAAACUGGCUGCAGAUUGUUGGGAUUUUGGUGCUGGCAGCAGGGCGUUUGCUGGGUUUUGCAGUUGAGAUGUGGUGCAUCUUUAACCAUCUGAAAUUUUUAUUGUUGGAUGAAGAGGAAGAAAAGAAUAACUAAAAAAAGAAUAGUGUUUUUCAAUAUGUUGUUAUGGUUCAGAUGGAAUAGAUGCAUUUGAAAACAAGUAAAAGAGAAUUAUUUAGUUUAUUGUUUUGAUCUGCACCUGACAAAACAGUGCAUCCCAGGCAUUGAGCACAUUGAGCUUGACUUACUUUAUUAACUGUAAGAUAAAGCAGUUAACCAGGGAAUGUUUUUGCAAGGUUCUCUUAAUAUUUUCUUGAAAAUCCUAAAAAGGAUACAUACUUAUAUAUGCUCUAAAACGCACAGUAUGUUUAGCAAAGAUAGGGCUUUGUACUGUUAUUGUGGUGUUGCUUUUGAUUUUGCUUGAUGUGAAACUGCUACUUAAUGUAUUUAAUGUUGUAUUUAUUGUAUUGAUUUUAUUUGAACAGAUUUAUGUUUCUAAGUUUUAAAUCAUAAACUAUACAAUUUUUAAGUUUGAAACAUACACAGAUGUUAAUUUAAAGGAAUACUCCAGGCUCAAUACACGUUUGCUCAAUGACAGUAUUUAUGUUGAUGACUUUUCCAUUGUUUAUUAAAAAAAAAAAAAAAAGAAGAAAAAUGGCAGUUACAUUAAGGCACAAAAUGGAGUCAAUCCGUAAACAAUAAACAGUUUAAAAAAUAAAGCCAUUUUACAAUUUAAUAUGAUUUAUCGUUAUAAAAUCAAGGAUUUACUGAUGAUACAGCGUUUACCAGAUUUUAGGGUUUACCAGUGUUACGUCAUCAUGACAAAGUUGUAAAAUUGGCUAUAACUUUACACAGUUGAGGUUGGUAAGAGAUUUUUAUCACACUAAAAUCAUGUUAUGUUUACGCCUUGUGGUUAUGUACUUUGAAAGGGUGUUUUUUAAUAUUAAUGGACUGGCGCCAUCCACUUUGUAUUAUUUUUUAAAUAAACUAGGAAUAUGUAAAAAAAAAAAAAA